AUGUUUUGGUGGAGGGAAAACUCUGUGACUCAGAUAUAGUAGCGGAUUGCACAGUUGGAGACCCUGUGAAGCUGGAAGUGAAACUGACCAAUUGGAGCAAACACAGUGUAGGACCCUUCUCUCUCACUGUGAUCCCAUACCAAGAUUAUCAAAAUGGUGUCCACAAUUAUGAUCUCCAAGAUGGCAUAACUUUUGUGGGAUCCAACACCUUUUAUAUUGAUACAGUUAAGCCAACAGAAAACUCCAUGUGUGUUGGAGCUCUUCUUUUUCUCUGCACGGGCGACUUUUACUUGAACAUCAAGUUCCACGAAGACAAUUCAAACAAGGAGUUUCCCCCUUCAUGGUUUUGCCUGCCCAGUGUUCACAUCCGAGCAGUGCAGUCUGUGAUCCAAACCAAGUUGUAGAUGUCAAAGUAUAGUGUAAUAUUGCAUUGACCACCUUGCUCAGCAAGGCUGGGUCUGGGUCCCAUUUACCUCCCUCUUGCUUUCUAAUCCAAGAUUUCUACAUGCCCUAGAGAGGCACGCUCAAGUACUACCUACAGGUAGCUAACUGUAACUGGACAAUUGCUUUUGUUCAUUUGAGAAGAGGUAAUUGUGAAUACUGAAACUGAACUGAAUUUUCUUCCUUCAGAAUGGUUUACAGGAUGAUCUCCUUUUUAGAAAUAUGUUUCGGUUGCUGUUAAAAUAUAACACUGGCCUGUAUCUAUCGAUUUUUGAAAAAAUAAUCUUCAAGUUAAUUGAAUCAAUGCUUGUCUACUUGGAUGAUGUCUAUAAAGUUAUCUUAAUAUAAGUCAUGACCUGCACUUCUAAAUUCUUUUUCUGUGUUCACUUGAAUUUUCUGUGUUCUUUUGAACUUUUAAAAAUAUUCUAAAAUCUUUGAACGGUAUAGGAGACUCAAAGGUUUUCUUCUUUUGCUGGCAGAGUCAGUUUCAGUUCUCAGGAUUGGAUUUAAAUACAGUUGUUGACAAUCUCUACCUUUUUUUUUUUCUUUU